AGAUCAGUGUCUAUGAUGUCUGGAUUGACAUUAGCUCAGGUUCAGGCUGCAUCCAAAAGAAUCUCAGAAUAUGUCCAUACAACCCCAGUCUUCACUAGCGAAACUAUGGAUGCAUUGUCAGGACGAAAGCUGUUUUUCAAGGCAGAGAACUUGCAGAAGACAGGGUCAUUCAAAGCCAGAGGUGCUGCCAAUGCUAUUCUGCUGACAAAAGAGGAAAGGCCAGAAGUCAGUGGAGUGACAACACACAGCAGUGGAAACUAUGGGACUGCUGUGGCAUAUGCAGCACAAAGGGCUGGGCUGAGAGCAGUCAUUGUGGUUCCAAGAGGCACUUCACAAGCAAAAUGCAAGUCCAUCCAGGGGUAUGGGGCAGAGCUGGUUUUUUGUGACCCAACACCUGUAUCCAGGAAAGAGACUUGUGAGAAGAUUUCCAGAGAGCAGGGUUUUCCCAUCGUCCAUCCAGACGAUGACUAUGGAGUCAUGGCUGGCCAAGGGACAAUUGCAUUGGAGUUUUUGCAUGAAGAACCAGACUUGGAUGCCAUUCUGGUUCCUACAGCUGGCGGAGGAAUGAUAUCUGGCAUCGCUGUGGCUGCCAAGGGACUCAGCAGCAAAUGCAAAGUGUAUGCAGUAGAGCCUGAAGGGAAAGAUCUUCAGAAGAGUCUUGAAAAAGGAACAAGAUUAUGGGAGGGACCACCCAAAUUUCUACCAACUGUGGCUGAUGCAAUUCGACUGCAGCAACCAGGCAACCUCACAUUCCCAAUCCUCUGCCAGUAUGCAGAAAAAACUGUCUUCAGUGUGUCAGAUGCUGAGAUAGUUGAUGCCAUGAAGUUAACAUGGGAGAGAAUGAAGCUCGUGAUCGAGGCCGCCUCGGGAGCAGCUGUGGCCGCUGCACUGUCGCAGCAGAUGAAGGCCAUGCCUGCAUCUCUCGAGAAAAUUGGAGUGGUUCUGUGUGGUGGGAACGUGGACCUUGAUGACUUGCCUUGGAUGAAGUCUGCAUCCAUCAUGUCUGAGCUGACAUUAGCCCACAUUCAGGCUGCAUCCAAAAGGAUCGCCCAAUUCGUUCAAGUGACCCCAGUCUUCACGAGUGAAACCAUGGAUGCACUGUCGGGACGAAAGCUGUUCUUCAAGGCAGAAAACUUGCAGAAGACAGGGUCAUUCAAAGCCAGAGGUGCUAGCAAUGCUAUCCUGCAGUUGAAGGAGGAGAGGCCUGAAGUCAGAGGAGUGAUAACCCACAGCAGUGGAAACCAUGGAACAGCUGUGGCAUAUGCAGCACAAAGGGCAGGACUGAAAGCAGUCAUUGUGGUUCCAAGAGGCACUUCUCAGGCAAAAUGCAAGUCCAUCCAGGGGUAUGGGGCAGAGCUGGUUUUCUGUGACCCAACGCCUGCUUCCAGAAAAGAAACAUGUGAAAGGCUUUCCAGAGAGCAGGACUUUCCCAUCGUCCAUCCAUACGACGAUUACCGGGUCAUGGCUGGCCAGGGGACAAUCGCAUUGGAGUUGCUCGAGCAAGAACCUGAUUUGGAUGCCAUUCUGGUCCCUAUAUCAGGUGGAGGGAUGACAUCUGGUAUCGCUGUUGGUGCCAAGGGACUAAGUGACAAGUGCAAAGUGUAUGCCGUAGAGCCAGAGGGAAAGGAUCUUCAGAGGAGUCUUGAAGAAGGAACAAGGUUAUGGGAGGGACCACCCAUAUUUCUACCUACUGUAGCUGAUGCGAUUCGACUACAGCAACCUGGCAACCUCACAUUUCCAAUCCUCUGCCAGUAUGCAGAAAAAACUGUCUUCACUGUGUCAGAUGCUGAGAUAGUUGAUGCCAUGAAGUUUACAUGGGAGAGAAUGAAGCUCGUGAUCGAGGCUGCCUCGGGAGCAGCUGUGGCUGCUGCGUUGUCGCAGCAGAUGAAGGCCAUGCCUGCAUCUCUUGAGAAAAUUGGAGUGGUUCUGUGUGGUGGGAAUGUGGACCUUGAAAACCUUCCUUGGAUCAAGUCUUGAAAAACAUUUACUCUCACUGCAAAAAAAAAGAAGCAUUUAUUCAUAGUUUUGUACUAGUAUGACAUUGGCUUGCAG